AUGCCGCCUCCAGCCGCGAGUCCUCCCGCCGACCCACCGGACGGCGGGUGGGGGUGGGCCGUGGUGUUGGGGUCGUUCAUCUCCAUCGGCUUCUCCUACGCCUUCCCCAAAGCCAUCACGGUGUUCUUCAAAGACAUCCAGAUCAUCUUCAACGCCUCCUACAGCCAGAUCGCAUGGAUCUCCUCCAUCAUGCUGGCCGUCAUGUACGCUGCAGGUCCCAUCAGCAGCAUCCUGGUCAACACGUACGGCUGCAGGCCCAUCGUCAUGAUGGGCGGCUGCCUCUGCGCCACUGGGAUGAUCUUAGCUUCCUUCUGCAACGACGUGGUACAGCUUUACAUCUGCAUCGGCGUGAUCGGCGGUCUGGGACUCGCCUUCAACCUGCAGCCAGCGUUGACUAUGAUUGGCAAGUACUUCUUUAAGAAGCGUCCCAUCGCUAACGGAUUGGCAAUGGCUGGCAGUCCGGUCUUCCUCAGUACUCUGGCUCCUCUAAACCAGUACCUGUUCAACAACUUUGGCUGGAGAGGCAGCUUCCUGAUCCUGGGCGGCCUGCUGCUCAACACCUGCGUGGCUGGAUCCCUCAUGAGGCCGCUGGGUCCGCCACCCAGCAAGGUGAAGAAGGAUGAAGAGCUGGCGGCUGUUACCACGACGACGAAGGAGAAGCGCACCGCCUGGCAGAUCAUCAACAAGUACCUGGACCUGACACUGUUCAAGCACCGUGGCUUCCUCAUCUAUCUAUCAGGUAAUGUCAUCAUGUUCCUGGGCUUCUUCGCACCCAUCGUCUUCCUCGCCGCCUACGCCAAAGACAUGGGCGUGGAUGAGUACUCCGCCGCCUUCCUGCUUUCGAUCCUGGCUUUCGUUGACAUGUUCGCCCGACCUUCCAUGGGGCUGUUGGCCAACUCGCGAUGGAUCCGGCCCAAGAUCCAGUACUUCUUCAGCUUUGCAGUGCUGUACAAUGGGGUGUGUCACAUCCUUUGUCCGCUGGUAGAAAGCUACAAUGGCCUGGUGGUGUAUUCGGUGUUCUUUGGCUUCGCCUUCGGGAUGGUCAGUUCAGUGUUGUUUGAGACGCUGAUGGACCUGGUUGGAGCUCAGAGGUUCUCCAGUGCUGUUGGACUCACCACCAUCGUAGAGUGCUGCCCGGUUCUCAUCGGUCCACCAUUAGCAGGUAAACUGGUCGAUGUCACCAAAAACUACAAGUAUAUGUAUUUCUGCUGCGGUGCCGUCGUCAUUCUGGCCAGUAUUUGGCUCUUCAUCGGAAACUUCAUCAACUACAGACUCUUGGAACGUGAGCGAAAGCAUGCAGAAAUGUACAAACGGACUGAGACGGAAGAUCCAGACCAAGUUCAGGAUCAGAAGGAGGUGGACGGGGAUGCCCAGGCCGUCGAGGAUCUGACCGACAAUAAAGAAGAGGAACCUAUGCAGCGGGAAACCAAUAUCUAGAUCAAUAUGCUCUGCCAACAGCUCGACUGGAGGAACACCACGAUCAAACUGAGCCCCAAGCCAAGAGGUGCCUCCCUGUGUUCCACAAGGCUUGAUUUGAGAUCCUCUGUUCUUCUGUAAAACUAACUGCCAAAGCAACAAUUGUGUUUUAGGGGGUUGUGAGGCAUGAAAUCUGUUUGUCAGUCAGUGACAAUGACAGAAAUAAUGACCAGAGAGUGAAGUGUAAGAUACUGUAUGCAUGUGAAGAGGCUAAAAGUCAGAAAAAUGUCAGUGGAAACCACUAAAGUACUAACGGUGUUUUCUUUUUUGCCACGUUCACCUCAUAUCGGAUAUACUGUAAAGACUGCAACAGGGGGCACUUAGCAUCACGGUGUUGUAUUAUUAUAGCAGCAAAUCCACAAACAUUGGUAGAUAAUUCGGAAAUAAGUUACUUAUCUCCACACAAACUCCCGACUGUAGCAAGAAGUCAUUCCGUUUUUUCCUACUGUCUUUUCCGAUAUGACGUGAAUGGAAAAUCAGUGUGUUCCAACAGCACCAGCAAACUCAAUUGACAAGUUCAACAUCACUCUUCUUCACAAUAUACUUGGUCAGUAAAGAAACAUCACGUUAACCCUUUGAACCCCAAGCAGUUUCUGGGCAAUUUUUGCUGUUUUUUGUUUUUUUUUGUUGUGUUUUUUUUGUUCGCUGUAGGUUCAUUUUUCACAACAAUAUAAAGUCUUGCACCUCUAUGGAAACAACACAACCAUGACUAGAAGUAGAGAAAAAUCAGAAAUGUCAUGUGUGCAGUAUGACAAAGUUAUAAUGGCAGAAAUCUUAAAAUUAAAAAAAUUACAAUUUUGAUUAUUUUACAAAGAUUGAAAAAAACUGAAACUACUAUGUAAAACAUUUUUUCAAAUAUUUGAAAAAAUGGUUGCUCUACAGUACAUAAUUAGAUAUUUUACUACUUACAUGUUAUAUGUAAGGAUUGCACAGUGGAUCUGUGGUUAGCACUGUUGCUUUGAAGCUAGAAAGUCCCCGGUUUGCUGUGACUGUUGGUCGCAGAUGACUCACUAAUGGCUACACAGUUGAGAUGAAGAGUGCAGAAUUUUUGUGUUUUUUUUUCAGAAUUUGGUCAAUCAAAGAGAUUUUUUUGGCAAUUUUUUAAUGAGAUACGUAGAAUAACAUAAAUUUGAUUAAUUUGUCCAACAGAUGAGUAGUUCAGAGACUGUUUUAAAGUUAAAAACCUGUUGAUAUUUUUUGGUUUUCCAGUUUCUUGCUAUGCUAAAUGGUGUAAUUUUUGGAUUUUUAUUUAAAGUCAAUAUGCCUUUUCAACCUGCCGGCGGGUUUUGGGGUUCAGAGGGUUAAUAGUAAACACAGGCAUUUGUUGGUGGUUAAAAAAGGCAUUACUGUCACUUUAAGGUCACUGGUUUAAUGCAAGCAACAGCCAGCGUCCUUCAUUGGUGACGUCUUGAGCAGCACUGAUCUCUGUGUGUUCACACCACGACCUACUGGGCUUGUCUGUUGCAUUUUCCACAUCUAACCAUGCAAAAGCAAUUUAAGAAAAUUUCCAUCUCCCAUAAUGAUGGAUCCACCCAUCCUCCAGGCAUCAACCUUUCAAAUCAGAGCCGGGGAGACUGGGGGAAGCUCCUGAUUGUGUUUCACGCGACAAUCGGGUGCCCUAAAGUCCCCGCCUCCAUAAACACCAAACAGAUGUGCUCACAGCUGGCGACGCCCGCCGGAGCACUACGUAGUAAAAACCUGCACCAACGUCCCACUUUAACACUUUCGAUCAAGUCGUUAAAUGUCGCAUUAACUGUCAUGGGUUCCAUAUUGUCAUUGUCACACGCAGUAAAAUCGGCCACGCUUCACCCCAAAUAUCUUUAUGAAACUGCUGCAAUUCAGUGAAUUUAAUUAUGGUUGAAUGUAAUUUCCUCUGUGGGCCUUAAUAAGGUAUUAAUGACCAAAAAAACCCAUCUGCAUAAUGGUGGUUUUCUACACACAGAGCCCAUGAGCAAUAUCCUCUCUCAUAUUUUAACGCAGAUAUACAGGGAAAUGUAUUUCUAGUGGCCAGUGACCAUCCGUUUUGUGAUACAUUGCCUUAAAUGUAACGUAGAAUGCGAGGCAGUUGUACAGUGAAUAGUGUUAUAUGAAGCUCUGUGUUAAAUGUGACCCAUUAUUUUUGUUGUGAUUGACUUCAAAACUCAUGAGAAAUCAGCGUAAUCUUGUUCCAUGGUGUCUGUCGUUAACUAAAUCCCAUUAACUAACACCCAGUAUAUUAAAUCUGAAGGAACAUACUACUAAUUAAUGAAUGCUAAUCGAUCCUACAUGUAUUGUGUGCACUUAAAUAUACUGGAUGUCACGUCUGCUGGCUAUAAAUGUUCAAUAGUCUAUCCAUUCCAUGUGAUCACUUUCUGCAAAUGCUACCCUGCUUGAGCUUUUUUUUUUUUUUUUUGCUGAAACUCAAUUUUCAAAGCAAUCAAGAACAAAAAAAAUAAUUAUUUUUCUUCCGCUUUGCAUUUGAAUUAUUCCCAAUCAUGAAAAUUCAGCUCUGACUCAACAAAUUGCCAUUUAUUGUGUGUGAAUAAUCUCUUUUUUUUCCUUUUAAAAGAUUUGCACAUUAUAUCAUUUCCAUUUUGGGAUGAUUUUUUGACUCAGUCUCCCAAAAUGCACCUGGUUCGCCAGCAUUUCAUGCAGUUCUCAGACAGUAUUUUUGUAUUUUCGUGUUUAAUGAGUAAUAUCGUCACUGUUCUCGCUGUUUUUUUCGUGUCACUGUGCUCACUGAUGAUUCUCAAUGAGGGAAAUCGACUGCUGUACAAUCACUUUCUACCAAAUAACACUGCCCCCUGCUGGUUUCACACCACCCAAGACCAAAAUGCAAAAGAAAAGCCAGGCUUCCCUUUUUCAGAAGGAGUGCAAGAGAAUAUGCAUGUUCUUUUCAGGUUUUUCCGGGUGGUUUAUCGUUCACUUGAAUGGAAUCUUUUAGUAUUUCAAUGUUAAAGUCACCAAAUAGAACAAAUACAGAGUGUUUUUGUUGCACAUAGUGUUUAAAUUAUAUUUUCCUUACAAUCAGAAUCUAAGCAGUAAAAAAUGCAGAAAAUGCAACUUCUGCAGUUGAAGGGAUCAAGAGCUGAUUGGGAAAAUGAUUCGAGCAUGAGAAACCACAUCCAUGCUAUAAAAUAUGAAGUCUGUGAUAAGAAAAAUAACAUGCUUGAAAAUGUAUGGUAAGAUGUUCUCCUAAAUAUAUAUAUUAUUAAGGUUUAUUCUAAUAAAGAAAGGAAAUUAGUUCUAAUUACAUGCACCGAUAGCCUUAUAAAUUAACCUGCUUAGCACCUCAUACGGUAGAUUUCUUUUUUUUUUUUUUAAAUGUGUGGAUAUUUAGAUUUAUUUUGAGGUGUGCUUAAGACCAAAUUUAGCUGAGAGGUUACUUUUAAAAAUGAAUAUUCAAUAAUAUCCCCUCCUCUUGGGUUACGUUUUUAGACACCCGUUGCUGAAAACAAAUGUUCAGUUUAGUUUGUUUGACUAUUAUGUAGUAAUUUAUUUUUCCUGGUGUGGAAAAUCAAUGCGCAGACUGGAAUAGAUGUCACUUUACUGUUAGAUAUGCAGGGUUGAACUGAAUUUAUCACUUUAUGAAGCAACUGCAGAUUGGAGUUUGGAACCAAAUGAAAUGAUCUGUUUUUGGAAACGCGUUCUUGGCCGGAUUGUACUGCAGUGAAACUGAGUUUUUGACAAACUGAAACUGAAAUUUCACAUUCAAAACUCCACUGAGAAAAAUCUGAAGCACAAUCAGAAUUCCAAUCUGCAGAAUGAAAUCCUCCAACACGUGUUUUAAUGAUCUGUUCAUGGAACUGCAUGUUCUGAACCUGAAUGUUGUGCAAUGAAAGUAAAUGGUGAACUUUGAGAAAUUGAAACCAAAUUUUUACAUUUAAAACUCGAUUUAGAAAAACUUGAUUUGAAAAAAUUACACUCUGCAGAAUGAUAUCCUUCAAAUCAUGUUAAUUAUCUGUUUUUGGAAUUACAUGUUCUGGGUUUGUAUGGACUACAGCGAAACUGAACAUUUAAUUUGGACAAAUUGAAACAGAAUUUUCACAUUCAAAACUCCAUUCAGAAAAAAUAAAUUUUUUAGCAAAAUUCGGAACUUUGGAAUGAAAUCCUCAAACACGUGUUUAAAGCGAUCUGUUUGUGAAAAUCCAGGUUCUGUGCAUGAAUUGUUCUGCAAUGAAAUUGAAUAUUGAACCAGACUUUUCACAUUCAGAACUCCAUUCUGAAAAACAUGAAUUUAAAAAAAAAAAAAUCAGAUUCCACUCUGCAGAAUGUAAUCUUCCAAUAUGUGUUUUAAAGGUCUGUUUUUGGAAUUGCAUGUUCUGGACUUGAAUGUACUGCAAUGAAACUGAAUGUUGAAUUUUGACAAAUUCAAACUGAAUUUUCACAUUUAAAACUCCAUUCAGAAAAACUGAAUUUUUAAACAAAAUUCCAACCUUUAGAAUGAAAUCUUCCAACACAUGCUGUAAUGAUCUGAUUUUGGAAUUAUGCAGUCUGGGCUUUUAUGUAGUGCAAAAAUGAGAAAUUGAAUCUGACUUUUCACAUUCAAAACUCCAUUCAGAAAAAGGCGAUUUUUCAAAAAUCCAUAAAACUGAAUUCCAAUCUGCAGGAUAAAAUCCUCCAACACAUGUUUUGUGCUCUCAUUCCGUCAUCUGGACGUUAGACACUGGCAUGUGUUGGCGUUGAUUGUAUACAGGUUGUUUUGCUACUGGGAGGCUGAAGGAUUGUAACAUCUCUGGCUGUUAAGCUAAUUGUGCCUUAUUGUGCUAAAACUCACCAUGAUGAACAUGAACGCUGGUGUCACGACACUUCCUGUCCUCGCUCGAGCUGUUUGUAUGUUUACAAAUCACUGCGGUGUUUAGUUGUUUAUUUUUCUGUAAAUAGUCGACUUGUGUAGCUGCAUAUCAAGAAGAACUCCAACUUUAAACCACGUACGAUCAAAUAAGCUGUUGGACGUGAGAAUGUGUAGCACCGAAUCGAAAUAUUUAUUCAACACAGUGUGUGUUUUUGUGUAAUUCUAUGGCUUUGAACACACGGUCGAAGAAGCAGAUGUUUUGUGUGUGCGGUUAAGGGCGGUUGUGUUCAGUGGCGUGUCCUUCCAGUAGCAGGCGUACUGUGUGCUUUCUCAUCAGGGCAACUUUCACUUCAGAUUGUGUCAGUCUUUACUACCUCUGCAGCCGUCAGAGUUUGGGGGGGAAGAAACCACACGGGUAUAGAGAACUUAAUUAUGUUUUUGUAAUUCUAAUAUGAAGAUAUCACCUGUCACUCUAGCUGAAUAAAGUAUAUAUCCAAGUGAAGAAGGA